GUGGCACGCCCUACGACUUCCUCCAUUGUCCUUCUUUCCGAGAUUCUCUCCGCGAGGAAGGAUGGCUCAGAACAAUUAUUUCGGAUUUACCCACGGCGGGACGCAAUAUGGGGCGACCAGCGCCGCGGCGUAUCAGACCGGGCAGGCGGGUUACGCGGUUACCCCGGCUGCGACCGCUGCCACGUACACACAGCGACCGGCUGCCGCUGCUGCGACUGGCUACGAGACUUAUCAAGCCGCUGCGGCCGCAGCCGCGACCGGGACAACGUACGCAGCUGCUAAUCCCGGUACUGUAGCUCAGACUUACGAUUACGGCUACGGACGAGCUGCUCCAGCGGCUACUUACGACGCGACCAAGACGUACUAUCAACAACCAGCGGCUGCUGCAGCAACUUACACCACUACUGAAACACACUACCAGGCUGCAAAACCUGCUUAUAGCACAACUAGUGCUUAUACUGGCACUGCCAGACAAGCCACUACCACUGGGCAAGCUAAGACGUAUCAAGCAUCUAGUACAGCUUAUCAACAAUCAAAUCCCACGCAGAGCGCUACUUAUACGUCGGGAUACACAGCUCCAGCAACGCCUGCCGCUACUCCGUCAACCGCGACAAAUAAAACGGCGAGUACAACGUAUUCCGGCUACGACGCAGCGCUAUAUAGCGCUGCGACUAUGUAUGUAGCCCAACAGAGUGCAAACAGCAAUUCCACUAACCAGAAGACUGGAGGUUGGCAGGGCUACGGACGGAAGGGAUUCGGAGCUGGCGGGGGAGGGAUGAAGGCAAUGCGGCCGAAGCAGCCACCUAAGCCUCAGCAACUACACUAUUGCGAUGUCUGUAAGAUCAGCUGCGCCGGGCCACAGACUUAUCGUGAGCAUCUGGAGGGUCAGAAGCACAAGAAGAAGGAGGCCUCUCUGAAGGUGCCGCAACAGCCGCCAGCGCGUGGAGCAGGCAACAGUCUUCGCUGUGAGCUUUGUGAUGUAACCUGUACCGGAAACGAUGCUUACGCCGCUCACAUCAGGGGUGCUAAGCAUCAGAAAGUCGUCAAACUGCAUACUAAACUUGGAAAACCUAUACCAAGUGCGGAUCCAACUGUUCUGAAUCCAAAGCCAGCAGCAGCUGCGAAAGCUGCUGCUACCAAGAAGCCGACGGUGACAGCAACGCCUAAAAUCAACUUUGUCGCCUCUGGAAACUUGGGCACGGUGAACCAAAAUCAAACUGUAGAAGUUAAGCAGGAAGAGCCAGCUGUUGAAGAAACUGUGGAAGAGGCUACGGUCGAUGAGAAGGAUAUUCAGCCGGUUGGCCAGGAAUACAUCGAGGAGAAUAAAUCCGAGGACGGGAAGAUUAUAAGUUUCAAUUGUAAGCUAUGCGAGUGUCGGUUCAACGAUCCCAAUGCCAAAGACAUGCAUAUGAAGGGCCGCCGUCACAGAUUUGCCUAUAAGAAGAAAGUCAAUCCUGAUUUGGUCGUUGACAUGAAACCGAGUCUUAAGCAGCGCAAAAUGUUGGAGGAAAAACUACGUAGGCAACAAAUGCGUGACGAGUAUCUACGCCGCAGGGAGGAGAUCAAUCAGUUGGGUCCUAUGGGACCCAUGAUGGACGAGGAGAUGAUGUAUUGGGAAGAGAGGCGCCGCUACGAGGAGGAAUGUGAAUAUUAUGAAUGGUACCGACGUUACGGACGUGGCCCGGGCGCCCCACCGAUUCCGCGUCCGUUCCAAGGACCACCACCUAUAAUCAUGUACCCAGGGCCACAAAGACGACCGGAUUCGUCAGACGACAAACAUGUAUUGGCGCAUCAUACAACUAUUUAUCCUAAGGAACAAGAACUAUUGGCAGUCCAGAAAAUAGUUUCUCAUACCGAGAAGGCAUUGAAGUUUGUGUCGGAUGCUUUAGCUGAAGCUGGUAAAAAGAACACUCCUAUCAAUGCCAAUGCUACUGCAGCAGCAAUACCAGCCGGUACUCCGCAGAUGAACGCCGAAGUUGCAGUGAAGAAAGAAGAGGCUGACAAGAAGAAAGCAGCAGCCACACCACAAAAAGAAGAUGGAAGCGACGGGAAUCUAUUCUCAUUUCAAAAGGAGAAAGAAGAUUCUAGGAUACUUCGUGGAGUUAUGCGCGUCGGAAACUUGGCUAAAGGACUCUUGUUAUCCGGAGACAAUCACGUUUGUCUUGUGGUCUUGUGCGCGGAGAAACCUACCAGGACAUUGCUCAAUAAGGUUGCGGAGAUUUUACCCGGUGAAUUAAAGAAUGUAGCCCCUGAAGAAAGCUACAACGUCGGGAAGCAUCCGGAAUCCGCGGCUUUGACUGUCUCAGGUGGCACGGUCACCGUCAGCGUGACACUCACCAGCCCCUUGAUGCGCGAGACACCCAAGUCAACUGCUGCAGCAGAUAAUGCUGGACAGCAGCAGCAGGAAGCUGCUCAACUGCAAACAACGCCCGCGGCCCCCACCGUGACGAAACCAGAUCCACCAGAUGUACUUCCCAAGGCUAAGUGUUUGGAGGCUUUAGCUGCACUCAGGCAUGCCAAGUGGUUUCAGGCUAGAGCUACCUCGCUGCAGAGCUGCGUUAUGGUUAUCCGUAUAAUGCGCGACCUGUGCAAUCGUGUGCCAACAUGGGGUCCGUUGAAUUCUUGGGCAUUGGAAUUAUUGACUGAGAAGGUGAUUAGCACCGCAGGAGGUCUUCUUAGUCCCGGUGAAGCUUUGAGAAGACUUCUGGAAUGUGUAGCUGGAGGAAUAUUGCUACCGGGUAGUCCAGGCUUAUCCGAUCCAUGCGAGAAAGAGCCAGUUGACGCGAUAGGAAACAUGACGUCUCAACAGAGAGAAGAUAUUACCGCGUCCGCGCAGCACGCGUUGCGAUUAGUGGCGUUCCGCCAGAUUCAUAAAGUCCUAGGUAUGGAGCAACUGCCGCCGCCGAAAUUCAAGGGACGAUUCGCCCGAAAGCGAAGACGUGACAACAGCAACGGAGAGGGCACGGACAGCGAGGCUUCGAAGAAGGACAAAAAGGCGGAGGAGAUCAAAAUGGAGACAGACUCCAAGUAGAAGAUCUACCAAAAGAUUCGUACCGCGAUAUACGAAUUUAUCUAUUAACUUAUCUAGGCAUAAGGAAGCAGUUUUUUCCCCGCCGUGUCAGUUGCUUGUUUAGGAGGAGAGACAUCUUCGGAUAAGGACAACGCUAGGCUGAUGCUUGUCAUGACUUUUAGGAAUACGCGUAAUCUGGGAAAGAAAAAGUUAUAUGCAGAUUACUUGAGACACGUUUGUCGAGUAACGGGCGCUAUUUGUCUCUAUGUCUCUAUAGCGAAUUAUUUACUUCAUGGCAAUGAUAAUCGUUUUUUUUUUUCCCUCACGAUGUAUUCAACAUCAUGUAAUAAGCGUGUCACAAAAAGAAGAUAGUGCUAUAUUAGACAAUGCUUCGAUUGACUUGGCUAAUUUUCUCAGACGAUUGUGAUGCGCGAUUAGUUCUGAUAUUAGAUUUGUAUCGAUGAAACUGGCGGACGUGUUUACUGAAUCUGGAUGGUUCGCCAGAUUCACAUCUCGGUUACGGCGGAUAUACGAGCAGGAAGAAUCUGAGCGAACAAGUGGUAAAAUACGACGAACAUUUAUAAGUUUGAAGUUUAAGGGUAGGCAAUAGAUCGUAUUGAGAUUUCGUGUGUAUGUUGUGUGUGUAGUAAGUACGUGUAGAAAAUACUAUAUCCCUAUUCUCUCUUUCUCACUUCUGCACAAAGUGACAACCAUUUACGAUGCAUUACGAUGUAUGCUAUUGUCACGUACGUGACUCACGCAGAAAAUAGCGACGAAGAUAUUUAUAACUCGACAAUUUGGACGCUUUGAUGAUGAUACCUGACGCGGAGCAAGUGCACGUGUUAACGUUCUUUUUUUUUUUUUUUUUUCUAAAACUAAAUCAGUUGGUUUUAUUUGCAGAAUUUUAAGCGACCCCAGUCGAGUUGAGACUUGAAUCUUUCAACUUGUCAGACAACUGUCCCUCCAUUUAAGUGAAUUUCUUCUGACUUGUGUAGAUUUUCUGUUCUAUAUUUUUGAUCAUUGAAUAAAACGAACAUGUGUACGGCGCAA